AUGAGCUCAAUUUGCCGAAAGGGACAUAUCGAUGCAGCGAUAUAUGAGCAUCACUUGUCUAGGAGAGCCGCAGAGAACUUCAAAUACCGAGAUGUCUGGGGUCCACGAGAAAAGUCUAUGGCAAAUCCCUGGUCACCAGAAACCCCGAUGGGACGUAGCAUCAUACUUCGCUUGGCGGAAAAUAGUCUCUUGCAUGACGAGAUGGGACAGUUUAUAAAGGAGCAGAUCAACGUCCUUCCUCUUAGUCACCUUACCUAUAGCACAGGCCCUCGUGGAUCGUGUCGUCUUCGACGUGCUGCAGCUGCUUUCUUGAACGAGGAGUUUCAUUCUCUCCAAACAAUUGCACAGGACAACAUUUUUGUCACACCUGGCUUGGCCAGUGCCAUUGACGCGUUAAUAUGGGCGAUUUGCAACGACGGGGACGGCAUUCUGGUUCCACAACCAUAUUAUAACGGAUUCGACUUCGAUACCCUGAAUCGGAGCAAUGGUCGCGUGAUCGGGGUUAAGUACGAAGGCAUCGAGGGAUUCUCCGAGUUAGACGACUUAUUUCGUCCUGAUGUGAACAAGCGGGCUCUCGAAGUCGCUCUUCGUGAAGCUAAAAAGAACGGCAUAACUAUCCGUGCUCUUCUUAUCUCUAACCCACACAACCCUCUAGGAAGAUGCUAUCCCCCCAAGACACUUCUAGAAUUCGCCUCUUUCUGCGGUAAGAACCAACUUCAUGUCAUCUCUGAUGAGAUUUACGCGAAAUCAGUCUUCCUUAAUGCUGCCCUGUCGAGCCCGACUCCGUUCGUGUCUAUUCUGGCUCUUGACAUUCACAAGGUCAUUGAGCUAAACCUUACCCAUGUGCUGUAUGGUGCAAGUAAAGACUUUUGCGCGAACGGAUUGCGUCUAGGACUCGUGUGUACCAAUAAUGAGGGGUUAAUUGGUGCCCUGUCAAGCAUUAGUAUGUUUUCUUGGUCGCCCCAUGUCCUCCAGGAUGUUUGGGCGGCCAUGCUAGAGGACAGGCAACAAACUAUCAUAUCGCAACGUCCUUCUUCUGGGAACGUGGUAUUAGCUACUACGAGAUGUAAGUAUACUUCUACGUGUAAUCGCCCGCAUGGACUAAUAGCGUCAACGAAUGCUGGGCUGUUCAUCUGGGUCGAUCUACGACACCUACUUAUACCUGAAUCGUCUCGAGAUCAGACAGGCUACAGGGAACUGAGAGUUACAUCUCCCGACGCUAGCGUAUAUAAACAACGUGAGCAAAGGUUUGCAGAUAUAUGUGCUCAAAAUGGUCUUAUGAUCGCCCCUGGUAGCAUAUAUGCGGCAGAAGAAUUCGGGUGGUUCCGACUUACAUUUACCGUGGGAAAGAAUGCGUUAGAAGAAGGCCUGAAGCGUCUUGACAAGUCGUUGAAGGCAGCUGAGACGGAUUUGCGAAUUUAG